GAGUGAUGGCCGACACACAUAAGCGAAAGGCGAACGACGCCGUCGGAGGCGCAGAGAAGAGGGUCAAGAGCAAAAAGCAAUGGCGAGUGCCAAAGAAAGGCGAGAAUGGCUUCCAGCAGGCCAAGAACACGAUACAGCCUGGCGAUAGUGGCAUUUGGGUCUCAUGCGACAAAGGCAGAGAGAACAAGUGUAUACACGAGGUCAUGGACCUGUUCGGUGAAUAUGCAGAACGCCUCUACCCACAAGCUCAGCAUGUCGCGGCCGACAAUGAGACAGCCGAAGGAGGUGACGUCGCUGCGGAAAACAAGGACGACAGCAUCACGGCCAAUAUCGAAGAUGAAAUCAAGGCCGAAGUUCGUGACAUUAGGAAGCCUUCAACACCAGGGCUGUUCACGCCUAUCAUGUUGAACGUGCCAUGCGUUGUCUUCUUCAAGACGAGCCAUCCCGUGGAAGCAGUAUCUUUCGUCAAGACAAUUUGCGAAGAUGCUCUCAAAGACAGUAGCCACAAGCGAACCAGGUUCGCAAAGCGACUGUCGCCGAUGACACUUGUGGGCCGAGCAAGUACGGAAGGUCUUGACAAGGUGGCCGCUGAAGUUUUGAAACCGCACUUCCACCAAGAACCAUUCAAAAAGCGAAAGUUCGCUAUUCGGCCAACCAUACGCAAUCAUACCGCAUUAACCCGGGACGCCGUGAUCAAACAAGUUGCUUCGAUCGUUGGCCCGGGGCACCAAGUCGAUUUGAAUCACUACGAGUUGCUGAUCGUGGUGGAAGUAUAUCAAAACAUUUGCGGUGUCAGUGUCCUCGAUGACAGCUUCGAACGACUGAAACGCUACAAUAUAUCCGAAAUCUUCGAGCCG